AUGAAACUCUUGAGUUGGAACUGUCAAGGGCUUGGCAACCCUCGCACAGUUAAUACUCUCCGUGACUGGUGUUGGAGAGAUAGGCCAUCUUUAGUUUUUCUUAUGGAAACGAAGGUAGAUAAACAAAAUUUAGAAAAUGUGAGACGAAAAUGUGGUUUUGAUAAUGGUAUGUGUUUUGGAAGUGUGGGUUUGUCGGGAGGAAUGGGUUUCUGGUGGAACGAUCUCAAUGUUAUCGUUAGAUCUUUUUCUACUCAUCAUAUUGUGGCAGAUGUUUGUGAUGCACAAGAUAUGGUGGUGUGGCGGGCGAUAGGGGUAUAUGGCUGGGCGGAAACGUCACAGAAACAUCACACCUGGGCCAUGAUGCGACAUUUAGGUGGUGAUGUUAAUAUUCCUACUGUAAUGUUUGGCGACUUUAAUGAGAUUACGGGGUUACAUGAAAAAUAUGGAGGAGCUGUUAGAGGGGAGCGUCGGAUGGAUGCUUUUAGGGAUGCGAUGGAUGACUGUGGUAUGAUGGAUUUGGGGUUUAAGGGCAAUAUCUUCACGUGGCAACGAGGCAAUUCGGUUGAGACGGUGGUGCGGGAACGAUUGGAUGGGUACAUGGCAAAUAAUGCAUGGUGUGUUAUGUUCCCAUACUCGGAGGUGUUACAUUUUCCUAUUUAUAAGUCGGAUCAUGCUAGAAUACUGCUGAAGUUUGGAAAGGAUAAGACUCGUCACAAGAAAGGCAAAUUAUUUCGUUUCGAGUCGCUCUGGCUAUCUAAUGUUGAAUGUGAAAAGGUGGUGGACAAAGCAUGGAAGGACCAUGUUGGGGAUAAUAUAAAUUCACGGGUGGCGGGGGUGGCGUGUUCACUGGGCAGUUGGGCUCGUACUACGUUUGGGAAUGUGGAGAAGAGAAUUAUCGAUGCGGAACGAAAACUUCACAACCUGCAGGAGAGACCACCCGACGGCCUGCUUAUAGCCCAAUGCCAGCAGCUUGCUAAUGAGCUGGACGAACUUCACCGCUUAAAAGAGUCUUAUUGGCAUUUGAGGGCUCGAACAAACGAACUACGUGACGGAGAUAAAAACACCUCGUACUUUCACCAUAAAGCAAGCCAGCGGCGAAAACGUAAUACACUUAAGGGUUUGUUUAACGAGGACGAAGCUUGGAUGACUUCGAAGGAGGAUUUGGAGGAGAUUAUUUCGUCGUAUUUCGAAAAUUUAUUUGCGACGAGUAAUCCAAGUGGUUUCGAUGAAGCGACAGUGGGUAUAGAGGCGAAGGUGACAGAGGAGAUGAAUAAAGAGUUGAUUGAAGGACCGAGUGGGGAGGAAAUCCGAACGGCUUUAUUUCAGAUGCACCCUAACAAAGCUCCAGGUAUCGAUGACAAUGCCCUCAUAGCUUUUGAAAUUUUCCAUUACAUGAAACGGAAGGGGGAUAGGCAGGAUGGUACUGUGGCUCUGAAAUUUGAUAUGAGUAAGGCAUAUGAUAGGGUGGAGUGGAGCUUUCUGGAACAUGUUAUGUUGAAAUUUGGUUUCUCAAUGCAAUGGAUUCAGAAAAUAAUGAGCUGCCUACAGAGUGUCUCGUUUUCUUUCAAGCUGAACAACCAAGUGUCUGGUUCUGUGAUUCCCGGUAGGGGCCUACGACAAGGCGACCCAAUUUCUCCUUAUUUAUUUUUACUGUGUGCCGACGCUUUUUCUAUGCUGCUCUCCAAGGCUGCAGCAGAAGAGUCGAUUCAUGGAGUGAAGAUUUGUAAGAAUGCCCCGAGUAUAUCUCAUCUUUUUUUCGCGGAUGAUAGUAUUUUAUUUGCAAAAGCUAAUCUGCAGGAAUGCUCUAAAGUUGCUGAUAUCAUCAGUUUAUAUGAGAGAGCGUCCGGUCAAAAUGUUAAUCUUAGUAAGACGGAAGUUGCUUUUAGCAAGAAGGUAUCUGUGGAGAGACGAAAGGAGAUUGUUGAUAAACUUGGUGUUAGAGAAGUGGAUAAACAUGAGAAAUAUUUGGGUCUACCAACUAUUAUUGGGCGCUCAAAGAAGUGUUUUUUGCGUAUUUGA